AUGGGGGGUAUAAAAACCCUCAUAUUCCUCCAGCUGGUGUACAUCAGCACCUGCAUGGAACAGCUGGACAUUAUCUACGAGUGGAAGCAGCUGGACUUUGACUUCCCUACCCCCGAAGCUCGCCAGCAGGCCAUUGACAGCGGAGCCUUCAUACCAGAGAACAACAUGCCGAUGGGGUUGGAGAUAUAUGGGGAUAAGCUGUUUAUCACAGUUCCCAGGUGGAAGAACGGUGUACCCGCCAGCUUGACUUAUGUGAACUUAAAAGAUAAUUCAACAAAAUCACCAAAACUGAAACCGUACCCGAGCUGGGCGGCGCACUCGAUAGGAUCAGACGGGAAACCAGAUAUUGUAUCACCAUUUCGAAUCCGGGCCGACCGCUGCGAUCGUCUUUGGGUUCUGGACAAUGGCAAGAUUGGCAACCUCGAAGCUAACACCACAAAGUUCCUACCAUCCAUCAUUAUAUUCGACUUAAAAACAGACACAGUACUCAGAAUAUACGUCUUCCCAGAAGAUCAGGUGAAAGAAGAAUCUGGCUUCGCAAAUAUUGCUGUCGAAGAUAUGGACUGUGAUAAGACGUACGCUUACGCCGGCGAUGUUGGUAAACCAGGCAUAGUUGUCUACUCGUGGGAAAAAAACGAAUCGUGGAGGAUAACACACCAUUAUUUUCACCCAGAUCCACUUGCCUGUGACUUCAGCGUCAAAGGACAUAACUUCAGUUGGACGGACGCUAUUUUCGGACUUGGUAUAUCAGCACCCAAUGCGGACAAUUAUAGCACUCUGUACUUCCACCCAAUGGCGAGUUACAACGAAUUCGCGGUAUCAACUGAAUAUUUAAGGAACCAGUCAGUCGCAGACGCUAACUUCAAUGCUUUCAAAACAUUAGGGAGCAGAGGACCAAACGCCCAAUCUAGCGCAUCGUUCGUUGACCCAAAAACUGGAGUGCUUUUCUAUUCUCUCGUCAACUUAAAUGCUGUGGCUUGCUGGAGAACAACUAAUAAGGAAUAUGGAAUCAAGAAUCAAGGAAGAAUAUAUAUGGACGAUGAGAAAAUGAUUUAUCCUACGGACAUUAAAGUGGAUUAUGAUGAAAAUCUUUGGGUGCUAUCAAAUAGAAUGCCCAUCUGGAUGUACAGUAAACUGAACCCAGAAGAAGUGAAUUUUAGAGUUUUUUCAGCACCCGUUCUCAGUGCCAUCAGUCAUACCGCAUGUGAUGUUACACCUAGAUCGGACAUUUUGACCAAAUAUGUUAAUAAAUUGAAGAAUGUUACCAGUAAAAUUGCUGCGAAAAUAAAUCCUAAUUCUGGAGCAUCGAGCUUGCAGGUUCCUCUCUUUGUUUUGAUAAGUUCAAUCAUACUGUUCUCAUUUUAACACAUACCUAAUGUAAGUUGGGUGAGAUUUAAUUUGUGUGACUUUUUAGAAAUUUCUAAUUUAUAAGAUAAAUCAAGAAAUAAAUGGUCUUUAGUGUGUUGUUAUAAAACAAUUACAAUUAUUUAUUGGUAUUUUAAUAACGUGCAAAAAACUGCCGCCCUUAAGACCAAAAACCAUUUAACUCCAAAAGUAUUUUUAACAAAAUAGCUAAUAACGCUAUCAAGCAAAUUUUCUAAAACCCUAAUCUCAACGGUUGUAUUUAUUAUUUGAUAUUUUACCGCAGUUUAAAAGGCAUUUUAGCGCACAUCAAGUUAAAGAACUGGUAGUUUGUUUUUACUUUUCGCUUUUUUGUGACGAAAUAAAAAACAACCUCUUAGAUGUUCAUAUUUCUUCAUUCUUAUUUUAGAUAAAAAAUCCUAACUACGGUUAGAUGUAUGUUUAAUAAUAUUUUAGUUGAUGGUCGGCAGAAAAGGGACCAAAAUCUUUUUUAACAUUCCAUAAUCUAUAUUAAUGUCGUAAUUACUGUAUCUAUGAAGUAAAAAUGACUACAAAUAUUGGAAGUUUAUUUUCAAACUUAGUCGAAUUCAUUUUUAUACAUUUGGACAAAAAAAUUUUGGAUUUUAAUUUUAUAUUAGAUUGGGGUUGAAAGGAAUAAAUUAAGUUCCAAUUCUCAGUAUAAGCAUCUAGAAUAUUUUGUUUAAAAAUUAAAUUUUAGAUAUUUGAAAAUAACCUUCUGAUAUGUCGCAUAGUUUAUGUUUUGACUUUAUAAGGUGCUAAUUAUAAAAAUAAUGAAAAUUUCGCGUACAAAAUAGUACCAGGUUACCCUUUAUUUAUUGUGAUUGUACAGAUCUUAUGUGUUAAGUUAAAAUGUACUUACUUGACUUUCAAGUGAUACAAACUACAAAGUGACUUAGAUUUUAAGUGUCAUAAAUUUUUUUGUAAAUAAUUUUAUAAAUAGAUUAAAUGCUUAAAGCU